CAGCCUCUGCUGCAUCGCUGAAUGGCACGGGGAUGAGGAGCGGUAGCGGCGGCUAGACGGAGGCUGUUUUGUUAUCCGGUUUUAAAGCCAUAUUUCGGGAAGGACGGAUUUGUUUGGCUAGUGUUCGGCUGAAGAGCGAGGGAUAGCGGAUGACGGAUGAAAGGUAUGGCCGUGACCCCAAGUCUUCCUUGUCUCUCCUCCGUCUUGUAGAAGUCAUGGAUUAAAGAAAGGGAGUGUCCACGUGUGUGUGUGUGUGUGUGUGUGUGUGAGAAAGAGAGAGUGUGUGACUGUGUGUGCAUGAGCUCCUGGACAUAACCAUGGUGGUGAGAUGGCAGCUGAAGAACUCUCAGUGAGGACACAGAAAAUGAGAACGUGACGCUCUGGCUACCACAAAGGCCACUGCUGCAGGCUGGGCAGCACAGCCACAUGAUCACAUGACUCUGGACAUGGACGCGGUCCUGUCAGACUUUGUUCGGUCCACAGGGGCCGAACCGGGUCUGGCACGAGACCUGCUGGAAGGUAAAAACUGGGACCUGAGCGCUGCUCUGAGUGACUAUGAGCAGUUACGGCAGGUCCACACUGCCAACCUGCCCCAGGUGUUUAACGAGGGCCGUUACUACAAGCAGCCAGAGCGCAGCGGCACCCCCCAGCACAUCAACAAGCUGGAACAAUGCCUGCAGAGGCAGGAGGAGAACACUCAGGAGAAGCGUCUCUCUCGGGGCAUCUCCCAUGCCAGCUCUGCCAUCAUGUCGCUGGCGCGGAUGCAUGUGACGGGCGAGUGUGCCAGGGAACAGUUCCCUCUAGAGAUGCCCAUCUACACCUUCCAGCUGCCCGACCUGAGCGUGUACAGCGAGGACUUCCGCAGCUUCAUCGAGCGAGACCUAAUUGAGCAAUCCACUAUGGUGGCCCUGGAGCAGGCGGGUCGUCUGAACUGGUGGUCCACCAUGUGUACCAGCUGUAAGAAGCUCCUGCCAUUAGCAACAACUGGUGAUGGCAACUGCCUACUGCAUGCUGCUUCCUUAGGAAUGUGGGGCUUCCAUGACAGAGACCUGGUGCUGAGGAAGAGCUUGUAUGCCAUGAUGAAGAGUGGGGCUGAAAGAGAGGCCCUAAAGAGGAGGUGGAGAUGGCAACAGACGCAGCAAAACAAAGAGUCUGGGUUGGUGUACACAGAGGAGGAGUGGGAGAGAGAGUGGAACGAGUUACUGAAGUUGGCCUCCAGCGAGCCUCGCAUACACUUAAGCAAGAACGGCAACACCAGUGGAGGUGUGGAUAACUCAGAAGAUCCGGUGUAUGAGAGUCUGGAGGAGUUCCAUGUGUUUGUGUUGGCACAUGUGCUGAGGCGGCCUAUCGUGGUUGUUGCUGAUACCAUGCUCCGAGACUCUGGAGGAGAAGCAUUUGCACCUAUACCGUUUGGUGGGCUCUAUCUGCCUCUGGAGGUUCCCCCUAACCGCUGCCACUGCUCCCCGCUGGUUCUGGCCUACGACCAGGCCCACUUCUCUGCUCUGGUGUCCAUGGAGCAGAGAGAUCAGCAGAGAGAGCAAGCCGUUAUUCCCCUGACAGACUCCGAGCACAAGCUGCUAGCGCUGCACUUUGCGGUUGAUCCGGGCAGAGAUUGGGAGUGGGGGAGGGACGACAAUGACAACACCAAGCUGGCCAAUCUUAUCCUAUCACUGGAAGCGAAGCUAAACCUCUUGCACAGUUAUAUGAAUGUAACCUGGAUUCGAAUACCAUCAGAGACAAGGGCUCCUCUUGCCCAGCCAGAGUCACCCACUGCUUCAGCCGGUGAAGAUGUGCAGUCUCUAGCCGAAUCCAUGGACUCAGACCGUGAGUCUGUCUGCAGUAAUUCCAACGUCAAUAACGGCAAAUCCGGCAAAGAGAAGGACAAGGAGAAGCAGCGCAAGGACAAAGACAAAGUUCGUGCCGACUCUGUGGCCAACAAGCUGGGAAGCUUCAGUAAGACUCUAGGCAUCAAGCUCAAAAAGAACAUGGGUGGCCUGGGUGGACUGGUACAUGGCAAAAUGAGCAAGUCUGGUUCGACGAACGGGCGCACUGUGGAGAACGGUGAGCAGAAGCCUAAGAAAAAGGACUCCAAAACACGCAAAGGGAGCAAAGAGGAGUCGGGCCAGUCCGCCAGCACCUCCUCAUCUGAGAAAGCCACUAGUCCUUCUCCUACGGACAGAGCUUCAGGCAGCUCUCCUGGGGAGAGACAGCCAGGCUCAGGCAAAAACCCAGGGGACCGCUCACUGGACAACUGGAAGUACAGCACAGAUGUCAAGCUGAGUCUGAACAUCUUGCGGGCAGCCAUGCAGGGCGAGCGCAAGUUUAUCUUUGCUGGCCUCCUUCUAACCAGCCACAGACACCAAUUCCAUGAGGAGAUGAUCAGCUAUUACCUGACCAGUGCACAGGAGAGGUUUAGUGCUGAGCAGGAGCAGAAAAGGAAAGCUGAGGCCGAAAAGAAACCCCAGACCAACGGGGUGGCCCUUAAGAAGCCUGAACCGGAGAGCGUCUUCCAGAGAGAGUGCUCGGAUAGUUCCCCUCCUGAGAGUUGCUCGCCGGUCUUGCAUCCCAGCCAUAUCCCGCAGCUGAGGACACAAGGUAGAAACAGUCCGAUCCUCGCUGCUUCUCCUAUCCCCAUCCCAAGUCCUACCCCAUCUUCAGUUCCUACAGCUUCCUCCAUGUCUCCCGUUCCCUUCUCCUCCCCCAGUAAUGGUGCUAAGAGACCUGGGCCUGUGCCGGUGUCAGCCCACUAUAGCCAUACCCCACCCAUCCAGCGGCACAGCGUUAUCCACCUAAGGGACGUGAACACACAGUCAUCCAGCUACCAGGAUGAGCCCUAUAAGCCGACGAUAGGGAUGCUAAAGACCUGCGCCACCUAUCCUCAGCAGAACCGCUCGCUGUCCUCCCAAAGCUACAGCCCGGCCCGCAUGUCCGGGGUCCGCACCAUCAACACCGGAGAUUCCCUACCAUACAACAUGCCAGGCGAGCACAAGUCCCACACCUAUACCAACGGCUUUGAUGCAGGCGACAUCCAGGACUGUCUGGAGUUUGCAGACGAGGAACCGGCACCCCAUGCCUGGUUGGGACACGACAAGGCCAAGGUCCGGAGCGGAACCUGCCCCAUGUACUGCUUCCAGCAGAAGCGCUGCAAGAGGGAGAACUGCUCCUUCUAUGGGCGCCCUGAGACCGAGAACUACUGCUCCUACUGCUACAGAGAGGAGCUAAAACGCAGGGAAAGAGAGGGCAAAAUGCACCGGCCUGGAUAGCCCCCGCCCGCAAACACACACACACACCUAUACAUAUACACACAUACACAUUCACCAACCAGUGUGUGCAAAGCAGGCUCCAAUGAAGAACAACAACACCAUCACCCUCUGCACUCUGCGAGUAAUAUGAAAACACUGGCAAAACAGUUUCCUACUCUAUUUAAAGAAUGGUCUCCUUGCGUUCUUGUUACCUUUCUCUAAAUAGCAAAAGGAUUCUGGGACUCUUACUUUACGAGAAAAGGAAGUACAACCGAAAUCAGUUUACAGCUUUGGCCAGAGAUUGUGUUGUCAUUUAUUUUUUGUCAGUUUGCAUUUUGUCUGGUUGAAUUUGAAUCUUUUACUUGUUCUAGAGUAAAAGCUCAUGUCUGCGCAUUUUGCUCAGUCUGUAAAAUAGAAUUCCUUGUACUAUCUGAAAGAGAUGGAAAAGUGUACGUCAGACUCCUCUCAGCUAACCCAAAGCUGAAGGGAAACUCCGUUCAGAGGUCAUUUGAAUGCAAUACUUCACACAAUAGCUCUUUGAAAUCUCAAUAUCAAAUAACGUCUAUCUGCUGUGCAUUGCAAAUAAUUAAAUACGGGAGGGACAUGCACUGCUAAGCAUGGGAAUUUUUUUAAAAGCAAUAAGUUUGGUAAUGACCGCAACCCCUCCCUCUUUUUUAUCUAUGCAUCCAUAAUGUCAGCCAUAGUAUAUCGUCCGUUGUGUGGAUUUGAGUGUGAUUCGAUCUUGCCCUGAUGUAAGAGGACUUGGGGUGAAACAUUUCAUUUGUGGCAAAGUGUGCUGAAUGGUAUCGUGGAAUUAAUACUGUACUUUUAACAUGCUAAUCAGUCCUCUGUGUACGUGGGUUUGCAUUCCAUUGCACCUGUCUUCUGUAGACUGUGUCUGAUGCAGUACAGAGCCAUUUAUUGCUAGCUGCAUUUUUUGCAAUAUAUCACAUUCAUGCUAGCAAGCGGUGAGCUUAUGUAAAAUAGACCUACUCGUGACAACUUUACACAGCGCUCUUGCAGUAACAAGAGAAUGGAAUACAAACCUUUAUACACUUGAACUGUAGACAAACAGUGAAAAGCAAAAUGGAACCCUGUCUGAGUGUUGUUUGUCAUUAUUGGUUGCCCAUUGGUUACACUGUGGUGUGGUGUGAUGUAUGUGAUAGCUGUUCCUCAUCACACAUUCUGUAACCCAUAAGCACUGCCAUAACAGUCUCUCAUAGUCAGAUCUGCCUAGUUUGCCCUAAGAAAAGGUUUGUGCCAAAAAAGACAGUUCUCCCCUAUUUAAUAUCCUCAGGUAUUGUGUUAAAUAUGUUGGGAUUCUGACAAGUCAUUUACAUUUCUGACCUCACAGCAAUGUACAUUUGAUUAUGAUUGUUUAGGAAACUAUUUUCUGCAUCAUGAAUGACCAAAUUUAAACACAAUGAAUGCACAAAAAUGACUGGAGGAAUUAUUACAUUGUAGCAUAAUGUAGACAACACAUACAAUACACCACACAUUUAUUUAUUACUUUUGCAUUUAGAAUAGAAUGAGAAUUUGGUUUUGGUAAAUGCAUUUGUAUUGAAAACUAUUACUUGUUUAAGUUCUAAUCAAUGAAUGCAUUUGAUUUGGCACCUUCAGUUGCAUUCUAUACAAGAAUGUGUGUCCAAGGUUUUGAAAGAUGAGAGCAACACAUCUGAGUACUUUAGUGUAACGUUUAUCAGUUUAGUUUUCUGACUGUUUUAAAUAAAAAUGAUUGAUUGAUUAUAAAAUAUUUGUUUUUCCAUUUAUUAUAGGAAAAAAAUAUUUUCAGCAGUUUUUUUUAUUUUGUUUCUUUUUCAUUUCUGCCCCUCACAAUCUGAACUUCAGGAAAAAAUGCAUCUUGCAACAAAAACUUGUUAGAUUAUGAUGUCAGAUGUUUGUAACAAGAUACAAACAUCAGAAAUUUGCAUUUUCACUGUAAUUCAGAUUGUGAUGGGCAUAAAUGAAAAAAGUAGAAAAUUAUAUAUAUUAUUAUACAUCUCUUCUUUAAUAUACUGAAUAAAGAACAAUUUUCUGUUUUCAAAUUUAACCCCAAAUAUUCAGACAAUUAAACUGAUAAAUGUAUAUUCUUUGCCCUCCUGUAAUUUGCCUCCUCCAAAGUUUGGGUGAAAGCAGCACUUCAGAUUUGACUAAAUCUUAUUUUUGCCAUUUUGGGCCAAAAUCUUAUGACUAGUUGUUAUAAAAACCAAUACGACCAGGGGUCGUAACACUAGUCAGAAAAGCAUAAUUAUAUAGGAAACAUAUGAAAGAAAUAGGGGUUAAUAGUUUCAGAUUGUCUCAUCAAAGUGGGAAAAAAGCUGUUUAAAAACUUAUUGUUAGACAUGCAAAAUUUGAUGCAGCAGCUUUUAUCCACGGCCUCACUUUGUGUUUAGCUUUUAGAUUUAAGGCAUUCGGACAGAGUUUGUUUUCACCUAAAUGGGGGAUGUGGUCAUCCAGAUGACAAGGAAGUGAGAUAUGAUUGCUCUCAUCUAUUUGCAAUCAAAAUUGACAAAUUUAAAUGUAAGCCAUUAAAAACAUGCCUUUUCAACAUUCAGGUCUGGACUAAUGGCAGCAAAGGUGUUCUGUUUCAUUGCUUCUAACAGCAAAUAUACUCCCUCACCACUAGAUGUGCCGAUGUUUUGUAAUUCUGGAGCCAAGCAUACAAUAUAUCUUCAAAUGUUUGUGGACACCUCUUGUAAUGAAUUAGUAAAUGCAUUCAGCUACUUUAAGUAGGUUCCACACUUUACUGACACUUUGCUGGCACCAUAUUGGCCAGGCGGGGGCUAGAGGGGUAUGAGGCCCAUCUACUGUGUUGUUCCUUCCAAAAUCUUUAGUAUCAUUUGAAUUGCAGUUAAAAAAAAAUUGGUAAUACUCCAAAGACUAGCAGAACAAAAGCAAUCAACAAAAUUAAACAAAAACAGGAUAAGCAGGGAAUGAGGUGUUGCCAUACAUUUGUUCAUAUAUUGUAUGCAUUGUGCUUAACAUGGUAGGUCUGUGGCUGAUCCCAGUCAUGCUUUGAUUCCUGUGAUUCACUGUGUGUAGCCUGGGCAAAGCAAAGGCCUCUAUAAGUGCUCCAGGCCUCCAGCAGGGUCACGCCGGCCGGAGCACUGCUCGCUGCUGCUGCUGCUGGGUGUGUGUCGUAAGCCCAGAUAACCCUUGUGCGGUCUCACGCUGAGUGUGUGUGCGUGUCUCUCCUGGCCAAGGAUGUCCUCUGCUUCUUGUGUUUUCUUCCCAAGGUUCUACUGCGCCACCCGUCGUGUCUCCUUCCUCCCUUCCUCCUCCUCCUCUUCCUCCUUUCUAUGUGACAAGAUCAUGGACUCACACUGUCUUAGAAUUGUAAAAUAUGAUUUUGUAUUCAUUUGACAGUUUUACACUACUUUAAAUUAUUAAUUUGCACAUUAGGUACCGACGUAAACAGUAGGAGGAAAAGAGAAAAGAACAAAACAAGAUUAGUUUAUUGUUAA